AAUGAAAGGGUUUUCUUUUCUUGGAAAAAUAUAUAUCCAAUUGAGAGUAAUGAAAGAAAAAGGGGAUGGCCCUUUAUUAUUACUAAUCAUUUUAGCACUAAAGGCUUUUUUUUUUAUCCCCAGGAAUCAGAUAAGACUAUGUUAUUUCCGAUUCUUGUAUUGGGAUUAUUUACUUUGUUUAUUGCAGGCAUAGGAAUCCCGUUCAAUGAAUUCAAUCAAGAAGGAAUGAAUUUGGAUAUAUUAUCCAAAUUGUUAAUGCCGUCUUUAAACUUUUUUCAAAAAAAUGAACAAAAUUCUUCCGAUUGGUCGGAAUUUCUAACAAACGCAACCUUUUCAGUCAGUAUAGCUUAUUUUGGAAUAUUUAUAGCGUCUUCUUUAUAUAAGCCUGUUUAUUCAUCAUUUCAAAAUUUGAACUUCUUUAAUUCGUUUGCUAAAAAAGGUCUUAAAAGAGUUCUUAGGGAUAAAAUAUUACAUGUUAUAUAUGAUUGGUCCUAUAAUCGUGGUUACAUAGAUACCUUUUAUGAAAAAUCAUUAAGUGAGGGGGUAAGAACAUUUGCGAAAUUUACUCAUUUUUUUGAUAGACGAGUAAUUGAUGGAAUUAUCAAUGGAGUUGGUUUUACGAGUUUCUUUCUAGGAGAGGUUCUAAAAUAUGUAGGAGGGGGCCGCAUUUCUUCUUAUCUUUUAUUGUACUUAUUUUAUGUAUUAAUUUUUUUAGUAAUUUACUUAGUAAUUUACUACUUUCUUUAUUUUCUAAAUUUCUAA